GUUUUAUUUGUUGACGCUGAGGUCGGUCGCGGUCUGAUGACGUCGGUUCCUCAAGGAUUUGCUUCUGUACCUCGUGCUCUAGAUUUCUACUACAAAUCACUGCAGUAAUUCUAGUGAUGGCAAAUAGUUGUUAAUAGAAGUAGGAGUGACGGCAACAGCACUGGAAGUGUCAGAUAUAGAUACAGUUUCUGGUGUAUUAUCAGAAGCGGAAGCAUCGUAGAAAGCAGUUGUACUUGUGAUAGCAGUAGUUGCAGCGACACAAGUCCAACUUGUGGAACAGAUGCUACUAAAGAGCUGUGAUAAAUGGGCCUCCACAGAAACACCCCGCCGGCGAGAAGAGGGGCCGUUUCAGGCCGGAGGUGAAGCUCCUCACAUCUCCGUCCAGUGCUGCGGCCACUGAAAGGGAAAGGUGCUCUUCUCCACUUCAAUAAGGGGAUGAAGCUCAAUUAGCAUUUCACAAGUUUCCCCCCUUCCCCGGCUCUAUUGCGACCUUCCCCUGCCGAGUCCUCCGGGGGGAUUGUCCUGUUUUGGGCCCUUGUUGCGGUUGGCAGGGUGACAGUAUUCGAGUGUGCAAACUUGUGCUAUUGUCCGUCGUCCAGAGGGAGCCAUGGAGACCCCAUAAUAUGACACAGGAAAAUGUUUGCUGAUGGCGAUUCUAUGGGCUUUGUCCCACUCUUUCUCCCUCACGACGACUCGAUUUAAGUCUCUAAAUGUUUGACUACAAAUGCAGGAGUGCUAUCCAGCUCCGUCGCCUUUGUCCCGUGAGGUUUGAAUGAGUAAUUCAGCCUUUGUGUCGCUCGAUUGAGGGGGCAAACAGAAAGACAAGAUUCUUGAGCAUUCAAGCCCCUUUCCAUGGUUAUGCACUCUCAGAUCCCCCUCCUCAACAACCCGCUCUAGCAUGAAAAACUACAAAUAAACAACAGGGAAGUCGCAGAAUUGGGAGGCUUUUGGAGGAUCCUGGACUCGUAUGCUCUUGUCAUCAUUUUGCCGACAAACAAGUGGGAGCAGGGCUUUUUCCUCCAGUGGAUUUUUAAGGCGGAUCUCCAUGACAACAAUUUGCGGUGGGGAAGAAUCCGAUACCGUGGUGCUUGGAAGCUGAUUGGGGUGCUUUGUAAGAGGUCUGGGGUCGCUGAUUGGUUCAAGGAAAGAGCCGUAACUACAAGGAGUUUAUAUUCAUUCAACUGGUUGAAGUGGUCCUGUGCAAGGUUGCUGCUGGACUGAGGAGGUCCGGACUCCAAGUGAGGAGAGCGGCGAGUUUCCAGGGGCGACGAUGUGAGGAUUCACCCCAGGCUGGAUUUAAAAACUGGAUCUUGUCACGACACUCCGGGCGUCAUGGCCGACAGCGAGGUUAAAACUCUGCUCAAUUUUGUCAACCUGGCCUCCAGCGACAUCAAGGCGGCGCUGGACAAGUCCGCUCCGUGCCGCCGCUCCGUGGAUCAUCGGAAGUACCUCCAGAAGCAGCUCAAGCGAUUUUCGCAAAGGUACUCCCGAGUUCCGAAGUGUCACCGGGCCACGGAGUACGGGUGCGGAAAACCGAUCGGAGGCAUCCAACAGAACGGGAGGGCACUGGAGAGGGGCACCGCUGGGUUUCGGGAGGACACAGACGUGGAACAGGUGCCCAUGAGAAAGCGCCAGCUGCCGGCAUCCUUUUGGGAGGAACCCAAACUUCCUUCUGCAAAUCCAGAGUCAGAACUGAAGAGAAGUAAAUCUGAAAUUCGCUAUGACGACGGACGGAAGUUGACACCGUCUGAGAAUCUGGUGGAGAUGAAGGUGGACGUGAGCGGCCACCACUGCCUGAGCAUCUGCGCCUGCUGUCCCCUGCAGUACCAGGGACACCCCCUGCUCCACAGCCACAUCCUGGUCCCGCAUCCCGCGCUGGGACUGUGGGGCAAGUCGGCCAGUACUCUGGCAGAGCGACCGGAACAUUCCUACGGACAGAGGAUUCACACGCACGUUGUCGUCAAACCGAUUCCAACCAAACCCGCCGUCCCGUCUCCGAUCUUCAGCGUGUUUGGAUUCAUUUGAUUGACGGAAUCCGUCCCCAAGGUUCCUCUCAGCACUUACAGGAUGUUCCAUACUUGAAUGGCCACAUUAACAAAGCAGCGGUGAGUUUGGAUUCAUGCGAACAGCUGCCAAUUCAUAGUUCCUGAUAAUGUCACCUGGAGGUUUUGGAGAAUGUUUGGAAAAAGUUAAUUUCCAGGAACUGCUGCUGUGCUGCUCUUCGGUUUUCUGUUGACCUCCAGUUAAUUCUUCUUCCAAGAUGUCGAAUAAAUAAACCUUUUAUAACCUGAGGAUGUUUGUUUGUCUUGAAACCAUGGAGUAACUUUGCAUGCUAAGCUAACCUGAGUGAUAUAUCUGCACUAGCAUCAGCGCCCGACCUGGAACAUAUUGGAACAAGACAUUUCUAAUAACAACAAUGGCAGUAAUAACUAGGCUAUGAAUUUCACUUAAAAGCUUUAAGGUUAUACUUUUUUCAAUACUCCAAAAUGAAGGACUAAUGAGCAGAAAUAAAAGAAAAAAACUCAAUAGAUGUAACUUUUACAUCAGAUUAAAAAAAGCGCAUGAGCGAUAUAAAAUGAAUUUUAAACUGCUUAACAUUUAGAUUUUAUAUUUAAAAUAAACAAAAUCUGAAAUGUAUUACAUUCUGAGACAAAAGUGCACCAAAUACCAAUAUAUCAAAUAAAAAAUAAAAGUAAAGAAACUGGGAAAUAUAUACAUUAAAAUGAGCAACAAGAUCAAAUGUCAAAUAUUCUGAGAUUAAAAUGUCAAAAUGAAAAAAGUAAAAAUGAAAUACUGAAAUUUGAAGUCAACAAUUGUUCAAAAAGUAUUAUCAAAUGAAAUCUGUUAAAUGGAUAAUCACAGCGGCUGUAACAUUAUGACUCCCUUUAUAAAAGCCGACCUGAGUCAGAUUAUUGUGCGUGUGUGAACGCGUCCGUGUCUCUGACUACUCUGAGUUUGUGGGUGUGAACGAAGCUAAAGAUUUCUACUUUUAGAAUCAUCAGAAUAGAAUGUGGGUCAGCGUCAAAGAGGAUGGAUUCCUACUCUCCAGGUUUAUUUCCACGGUUUGGUGCGGUGCCGCGGAACAAACGGACUUCACAUCAGGCCUCUUAUAAAUAGAUCAAGUGGACACACGCCAGCUUUGAAGCGGCUAAAAAAAGAAGGAGCUAUUUGCGUCUGUGACGUCGGUGUCACUUUGGAGAUCAGAGAAGGUGAGGUAGCGGAUGAGUCUGUCGGGCAGUGGGAGGCUGAGGAGGCGUCUGUGACGCCCCACCUGACGCCGGACUGUUAUCCUGCUGAGGUGGAGCAGUGGGCGAGGAGAUGCUGUGGACGCAACACAGAAACAUGACGCCGUGAACUAAAAUGAGUCACACAUUUGCUGAUGAAAAAAGAACAAUAAAUAAACUUAAAACAAAUGACUAAAUAAAAUAAAAGAGAAGUUGAGGAGUCUAGUGGCAUGCUGAAAUAAACUC